AUGUCAUCCCUCAAAGACCAGCAAAGAUACCGAUCCAUGGAUCCCAAAACCCGGCCUCCACGUCCAAUUCAACAACCCGCUGCUUCGCGGCUCCCUAAGGGGGUGGAUGAUAUCCGGAAGACAAAGGAGUACAAGACUGCUGCACGGAGAUGGACAACGACUAUUGUCGGACUACCAAUUGUAAUAUAUACAUCAUGGAUUCUUUAUGAGCGACUCUAUCUUGGCAAGAGUCCUAAGAGUCGUGAAGAUCAGAAACAGAAGGAUUAA